UCCAGGAGAUUCUAACGGAGUCAAGGCUGCGCAAUGCGCACAUCGCAAAAUCACGAAGUUUAGCCAAACAGGAGGACUCUGGAGGAGAGGAGGCGGAUACAGCUCCGUAACUAUUAAGAACACAAUCGCCACUUCGCUCCUUUUUUUUUUUUUUAAUUCUAAAUUUAAUAUUCAUAAACUUUUCUAUCACUUUCUCGAGAAAAGAGUUGGGAAAUAAAACAAACACAAACAUUCUGAUGCUACUACGGCAACAGCAAUCGUUUUCAAAUUUCUUUGUUUAAUGAUCUGAUACCGUUUGAUUUUGACGACGAUGUUGUCGGCUUUAUGUCACACUAUCCGAGACUCUGGUGGCGGAGUUCUCGAUCGAUGCUAUCGCGUUUUUCCUUGUCUUGCCGAUCCCGCUCGGAGAUCGUCGUUGGGAUUGAAAGCGGCGCUGGUGAUGCUGCAUCUGGUAUUUGUCGGCGUUCUCUUUCUUUUUGAUACUGAUUUGAUAGAGAAAACAAAGCAUCAACCAUGGUAUACCGGAUUGUAUUUAGUUUUGUUCGUUAUCACAUUGGUGCAAUACUUUGUGACCUCUGGUUCUUCUCCCGGCUAUGUUCUUGAUGCAAUGAGAGAGGUAAAUGAGACGAAUGCUUUAUUUAGAAAGAUAUCCACAUCCUCAAAACAACCUGCUUCAAGUAAAAAUGGAAACAUGGUCAUUACUGUUGAGGGAAGUCAGUCGGGGAGAUAUUUUCCAGGAAGUAAUGCAACAUCUUGGACAAAGCUGGUGCUCGAGAUGUAUCCCCCAGGAACAUCCAUUAGAACGUUGACUUGCCCAUAUUGUAAUGUUGAACAGCCUCCACGGGCAAAGCAUUGUCACGAUUGUGACAGGUGUGUUCUUCAGUUUGAUCAUCAUUGUGUUUGGCUCGGAACAUGUGUUGGCCAGGGUAAUCAUUGUCGAUUUUGGUGGUACCUUUGUGAAGAGACAGUGUUGUGCCUCUGGACUGGCAUCUUAUACAUUACAUACUUAAAAACUAAUAUAUCAAGGGCUUGGUGGAAGGAUGCAAUCAUGAUAGUGCUACUGGUUAUUUUGGCAAUAUCUUUGAUUUUCCUGCUCCUACUACUAGUUUUUCAUAGCUAUCUUAUUCUGACAAAUCAGACGACCUAUGAACUGGUAAGACGCAGACGCAUCCCAUAUUUAAGGGGAAUUCCUGAACGGGUGUAUCCCUUCAGUAAAGGAGUUUGCAGAAAUCUGUACGAAUUCUGUUGUGUUAGGAGCAGCAUGACUAAUUUGGAAAGGUUGCCCACAGCACUGGAACUUGAAGAAAAGUCAAGGCCCUACUCAUGCUUCGAUUUUUUUACUUGUCGUUGCUGCUGACAUUGUGGGCCUUUGUAUCAUUGACUUCACUUUUUUCCCUCAACAUUUAUUGCUGCGUUUGAUUUAAAAGCAAUGGCUGUUUCAUACUUUCAUUUGUUAUUUUACAUGGCAUUACAAUAGGUGUAGUUAAAGCUGUUUGUGGGGUACUUGGUUUUGUAGUGGAGACUCCUGUUGCUAUUUGCCAAUGGAAGAUUACACAGUUCACUUAGUAGUACUUAUUGAUGCAUAAUACCCCAUUCUUGUGGAGGUGAAAUAUGGGGUAGUCUUUCAUCUGAUAGGCCAGGCUUAUUCCCGAGGCUUAAAGAAGUUUGCUUGAAUGCCUGUGUGGAUGACAAGGUGAAUCCCAGAUGCAACCAACAAACAACUAAAUCCCAUGCCCAGAAGCCCAAGUCCCCAGUUGAGCCACCAUAGUGUUGUAUACUUUCUUGGCUUCUUAAUCUUGAGCCACAUGAAGCAUGGAUAUGACAAUGUGACUGGCAAUGUCAUACUUCCUGCCAAACAAACUAUCCCGCCUGAAAUUGGCAUUGCCACUGCAGUAACGAAACAUCCAAAUCCAAACAGAGCUCGGAAUGACACCCUGAGCCACCAUGGGCACGGCCUCUCCGUUCUGCUAGUGUAAUUAGACUCCAUGUUAUCGAAAGUGGGCAUGGCAUAGAUUGGGAAGGAGGUUAAUGCAUUAAUUACGAUGAAAACGCUUAUAAGACCCAACAUAAAUUGUGACACAUCAUGUGAAUGGAACUUGUAUAAGGCACAUAGCAUCCCUUCAACGUUUGCUAUCUGUUCAAUGA